AGUGAGGGCUUUCUCUCUCUCAAGCGAUCUCAGUGCGUUUUAUUUUCAUGCAUGUUUACCGUGCAUUGCACUAAUCAGAGUAUGUGUUGAAAGGCUGGAGUCUGAUGAACAUGGAUGACUUGAAGCAGUCGUGUCACGAGCUCUCUCUACCCGUCACGGAGAAAUGCAACCCCAUCAGCAGAGAUAUUGAUAGAGUGAAUGGCAAACAGAUGGUGCAAAUACUGAGAAGAUGCGACGCUGAGAUUUUUGAGAAGAAAAAUCAGGAUCCACUUCAUCAGAGACUAUAUAGUUCACCUGUCAUCCAAACGAUGGUGGAUGUUGCAAAGAGAGUGGAAAUGAUGCUGAGGAUUUGUGCAGGAAAGAAGCAUGUUCUGUUCACUGGAAUAUCCUGUGGCAUGUCGGCACCGUUUGUUGCUGGGCAACUGGAUUUUUGUCUGAAGCACUUAGACGUCUUUACUCCAGUGCUCCUGGGAUUCAAUCCUGUACAUAUGGCGAGAUGCAUUUCUGCCUGGAUCACAGCGAGUGAGAUGGUUUAUGAAACUACUUACUCACACAGUGAUGAGCUUGCAGUGCUUAUUCAUCAAGCAGGAGAGAGUCUUCAGAUGAAUGCUCAUGUGUACUAUAUUGGAUGGCAAACUCUGGGCAUUAUCGGACUGACUGAUGCCAGCGAAUGCGUCCCAACAUAUGGAGCAGAUUUUGAUGACAUCAGAGGUUUUAUCAACAAUGGUUUCAGAGAAAUGAAAAACAAAGAGGGAGAUCUAUCAUUUCUGGGGCCAGAAUUCAUAAUUGGUCACAAAGAUUUUGUGGAGACCAUCUUACCGAGUCUGAGUCAAAAUGACAUGAUGCUGUUUCUGUUUGCAGUGAAUGAUGACCUGCAUGAGGUGACGGCACUGGCUGAUCAAGUGAGGCGAAGGACAUCUAAUUUGCAUGCAAUUGCUCAUGACCUUGAGAAAUUCACCAUUCCUGAAACAGUAUGCAACAUGUUUAGAACCGUUCUGCACAUUACAUGGUCUUUUUCUUCAGAGGAGGUGAACUCAGUUGUAAUGAGACAGCGCUGGGAGCUUUCAACUAAAUGGUGUCUUAAUGCAAUCAGCACAGGAGCUCAUGUACUGAAGGGAAAAGUCUACAUGAAUUACAUGAUAGACCUCAGAGUAACUAACAGCAAGCUGUACAGGAGAGCCAUCAACAUUUUACAGCGGUUCACAGGCUGCUCCAAAUGCGAGUGUGAAAGAGCUCUACUGAGAGCCAUCUACGGUACAGAUGACCUGAGUGAAGACAUGGCAUCAGUAGAUGUGUGGAAACACACAGAUGCGGCUAACAGACAAGAUCGAGUGGUCCCGACUGCACUGGUGAUGAUGCAGUGCGGCUGCACUCUCUCGAUCUACGACUAUCCCUCACGCACAAUAUGGGAUCUAAAUCUGAAGAAAGGAGAUAUUUUGGAGGUGACAGGAGAGACUGAGUACUGGUUGUAUGUGAGGAGACGCACAGCUAAGGCUAACGGAUCUAAGGGCUUUGUGGAGGAAAAGGGAUAUGUGCCUAAAGACUUCAUCAAGCCACUGGAUAGCGUAGAGUCCGAGCC